AUGAAAUCGACGGAUGGAUACUGGACAGGUCCUUUCAUCGGAUCCCUGCCGGAGACAGCCGGGAUGGACCGACAAAGAGGAGGAAAGCUGGAAAGAGAACCUCCCGUUCGCAAGGCGAACCUUCGAGGUGCAGACAAGCAGUCGGAGAGAGAACGAGACGAGAUGCUCCUUCGGCCGCUCGGGUCCCACUGGGCGUCUGCCGCGUGGUGCGUGCUGGGCGGCUGCGUCCUCGCUGCUGCCUCCCUCGACCACACUCGCUUCCUCAGGCACAUCUUCGAUAAGUACGGGUCGGAGGGGGUCAUCACGUACGAGGGGUUCGAGCACCUGCUCCAGAACCUGGGCCUGGGUCGCGUCGUCAUCGAGGACCACGAGGUGUACGACCAUUUUAAGGACAACGGCAAGUUUCUCAGCUUCCAUGAUGUCAACCAUACCCAUGCGCUUGCCGUUGAGCUCGAAGAUUCUCAACGAUCUCACGAACAAGAGAAUUUCAUCCGACUUCAGCCUCCUCCCGUGGAAGAGGAGAACAUCCUGACAGAGAUCGAAGACCUGUCCAGCAGUCACAUGUCGGCCACGUCGGCCUCGCGCGACCUCGCCCCCGAAGUCGACGUCAUCAUCAUUGAAAAAAAGUGUUUGAGCCCCGAGGAGAUAUACGAAUCCUACGGGCUGACGCCGGACACCGACGUGAUCUCGUACGUGAACUUCCUUCACCUCUGCCCGGCCAUCGUCUACGAGCUGGACCAAAGUGUGUGUCGAGAAGGCCUCCAUCAUCGUCAUCAUUCUGAAGCGAACGCCGACGCGGAAGAGGACUCGUACGACUCCUUCAAGGUUUGGAUGUGCUCCUUGGUGAGCGUGUUGGUGAUCAGUCUGUGCGGAGUGCUGGGAGUGCUGGUGAUCCCCAUUAUGCAUCGCGUGUUCUACCGUCACCUCCUCCAGUUCCUCGUCGCCAUGGCCAUCGGGUCUCUGACCGGCGAUGCCCUCCUCCACCUUCUCCCUCAUGCAUUCUCCGACGGACAUGCGGAUACCUACGAGGAAGAGAAGCGCUUGGAAUUCCUUCCCCGCCUGCGCAUGGGCAAGGGAGGCGACAAGGGAGCUGGUGACGAGAUGAAGGCGGUGUACAAGUCCCUGGCCACCUUGGGCGGCAUGGCGUUCUUCUUCUUCACUGAGAGGGUUGUCGGGAUGGUCAGCAGCUACAAGGAAGCCAAGGCGAAUCAGGGCGACGGUGUGGGGAAGAAACGUCGUCGAUCAGAGCAAAAGGACCACCAACAUCCACGUCCCAACCUUUCAAGCUCGAUACCAUCCUUGGAGCAUUACAUGGAACAUGUCAUUGUAGAGAAUGGAGGGAAAGCCGGUAGGGAGGAGGGAAGGACGAGUUACGAGGAGGAGGAGUUGCGCAUCUUUCCCAGUCACAACGAGCUGGAACCGGAGAACGACGGCAGUCGCGUCCCUUGCUGCCAGGAUCAUCACCAGAGGCAGACGCUUCUUCCUCGCAGCGACCCGCCAGUCCGUUCUUUCGAGGAUUCACUUCAAGGUGACAUACCAGUGAAGGAGUUUGAAGGAGGAGGGAGCGCGGGCACGCCGACGACGUCUCACUGUGAUAACGGAAGCAGCGGGAAAGACCCGUCCGACGUGGAGUCUCACCGCCACCACCACCAUCACAAGUUGACAGGGAGGCCUGGGAGCAUCAGCGCCGUGGCGUGGAUGACGGGUAUGACGGGGAAGCAGGCUCUUUUUUACAACCUGGUUUCGUCGAUCCUCUGCUUCCUCGGCAUGGUCAUCGGAGUCUUACUCGGGAACAUCCAUUCCUUCUCUUCUUGGAUCUUUGCCCUCACGGCCGGGAUUUUCCUCUACGUCGCCCUCGUCGACAUGUUGCCGGAGUUGUCGACGGACCCGCACACGGGGUCGAGGUCGUCAGUACUGGGACGGUUGGCCUUGCAGCUGAGUGGGAUGACCCUUGGUGCCAGCAUCAUGCUCGUCAUCGCAGUUAAGGAACACGAUCUCAUGGACAUCUUCAGCGAGUCUUCCUAAGCUUCAGCGUCUUCUCUCUCUCAUAUCAUCCGUCUCUCAGAGAAUUAUGUGAUUGGAUGUGAGAACGGUGCUGGGAGUAUCGCACAUGUUACUACGGGACCAUGCGAUAGUUACAUUGCAAGCAUGAAUGUCAAUGCUGAUUCUGAUAAAUGUUGCUAAUAUGCAUCAUUCAUGUGAAA